AUGCAGAUGCAUGAUGCUAGACUCAGACUAGCAGAACAGCAGCAACAUCAUUCCACUGCUGCUGCUGCAAAUAGCAGCAGCACCAGCAGCACCAGCAGUAGUACCAGCAGCAGCAGCAAUACCACCACCACCGCCACCACCGCCACCAGCAGCAGCACCAACAAAGAAGGAGAUGGAGGAUUCUUCUUUCGUUUUGUUAAUAAAAUACUCAGCAAUCUUCUCGUAGAUAUCCGCGAUGUACAUAUAGCGCUCGUUGACCCCGCAAGGGGUUUCUCGGUCGGCUUGCUGCUGACGCAGGCCUCCAUACACAACACAGAUGCAGCAUGGAGGCGGUAUGAGCAGCAGCAGCAGCAGCAGCAGCAGCAGCAGCAGCAGCAAAAGAAACAGACCUUCUACAAGGCAUGUGAACUCACAGGGCUGGCCGUCUACUGCGCCCUCGAUGGAACCAACGGAAAACAGCAGCAGCAGCAGCAGCAGCAGCAGCAUCGUAUUCGUCCGCAUCAACAGCAGCAGCAGCAGCAGCAACAGCAGCAGCAGCAGCAGCAGCAGUCGUUGCUGCAGCAGCAGCAGGCUUUGCCUACAAGCCUGCCGCUGCCACUCGUCCCGCCCCCCCCGCCAUCCGAGCCGCCGCCCCCUCCCUCCACUCCGCCUCCGGGUGGCUUCGCAGCAGCAGCAGCAGCAGCAGCAGCAGCAGCGGAGGCGCAGCAGGGAGAAGAUGCCUCCACGAAGGCUGGCGCAACUGCAUGCGACAGAGGGCCACUGGAGGAGGGGCCCCCCUUGGGCGGGGGGCCCCUCCAGGGGCCCCUAGCAGCAGAACAGGGUACAGCGGAGGCGCAGCAGGGAGAAGAUGCCUCCACGAAAGCUGGCGCAACUGCAUGCGACAGAGGCCCACUGGAGGAGGGGCCCCCCUUGGGCGGGGGGCCCCUCCAGGGGCCCCUAGCAGCAGAACAGGGUACAGAAGGAGAAGGGGUUUGGUUGGAAAGAGAAGGGUCUUCUUUUGUGACGUCUCCUUCUUUGUCUAUGGGGUCUACGCCGUCUAUGGGGGCCCCCGGGGCCCCCCAAGGCCGCCGGUUUAGCGAGGGGCCCCCCGAUGCAGCAGCAACUAACCCUUCCGCACCAGCAGCAGCAGCAGCACCAGCAGCAGCAGCAGCAGCAGCAGGAACAACAGCAGCAGGAGUAGCACCGGGGUGCAGCGGGGGUUUUGUAUCUUGGUCUUCUCAGCAGGAAGGUGUUGGUGGUGGUGUGAGUGGUGUUGGUGGUGGGGUUGUUGGUGGUAGUCAGUAUAUAUUAAAGCCCCUUCACUUACGUUUAACUUUGUUGCAUGCAGCAGAGCAACAAGAGCUAGAGCAGCAGCAGCAGGAACAACAGCAGCAGGAGCAGUACCCGGUUGCGGCGGGGGUUUUGUAUCUUGGUCUUCUCAGCAGGAAGGUGUUGGUGGUGGUGUGA